AUGCGCAGUGCCGCAGUCCAGGAGCAGAAGAUAUGCGAGUCCUCCAACUCAAGGCUGGCUGGGUCCUGUUUUUAUCACGUGAGUGCCAUGAUUCCCUCUGGUUUUUUGUACAUUGACCGCACUCUGCCCCCUGGCAGUAGAGAACCUAAUGGUGUGACACAGCUGGAGGUCUUUUGGCAUUAUCAGUUGAACACUCCUCCUCCAGUCAUGUCUACUAUUACAGAUUCACGCCCCGGAUUAGACCUCUUCAGAGCCAGACCCCACCCCACCCGGGAGCUUGGCUCCCAGAUGUGGACAUGGGACAGCAUGUCAAGUUUCAGACCCACAACUGCACAGGGACAAAUUUUGGAGGUCAUCCAAAUGUCUGCAGAGGAAGAUGAAGCUAUUACCAGCCUUCUGAAACUGCACUAUCAGAGUGAGCUGGAAAUCACCUCCAGUGACCCAAGGGGAAACAUGAUUGGUGAAGAUCCUACAGCAGUCAAUCACCAAUCACUCAGACAGCCAACUCCAACUCCGCCAUCUCAGUCUGAUGCAGGGCCUGCCUCAAAUAGUGUAGAAGACUUAAUGCCACCACCCUCCUUCCUGGUGUGUCAGUCCACGCAGGGGUCUGAUGCAGUGUCAGAAACUUUGAGUGUGGGAAAUGUUGUUAAGGAUCAACGGAUUGUGAGCCAAGGAGCUGUAGGAAACCAUGAAACUGAGAGACUACAUUGCUUCUUACCUGCAGAUCAGGAUGUACUGGCCAUAAACUAUGAGAAACCUGAAGAAAGGCCUCUGAUGGAGGGACUUUGAGUCUGAAGUUCUGUAGUUUGUGGUAGUGGGACAUGGGGAUGAUUGUGGU